AACACCUGCUUGUUUGUUUCUGCUCAAAACAUGAACAAUUCAUCUGUUUCCCUCGUGUGUUAUUCCCUCCUCUUCUUCUCGAUUUGUAUAUCAGCUCUAGCUACUGAGUUUCUCUUCAAUGGGUUCCGAGAUGCUGCGAAAAACCUAAGCAUGGAUGGAGCUGCGCUUAUCGCAUCCAAUGGAGUCCUCCAGAUAACAAAUGACAGUAUGAGGCAAAUCGGCCACGCCUUCUUUAGUUCUCGCAUGCUCAUGGUGAAGGAUGAAUCUGUGUCCUCUCCUGCUCUCUCAUUCAGUACUACUUUUGUGUUGGACAUCAUUACUUACAAUGGCAGUGGAGGAAAUGGCAUGGCCUUUGUGAUUGCCCCCUUCAUACCCCUUAGUGGAGUUGAAAGUGGUCAGUUCCUUGGACUCCUUAGCACGCAGAACAAUGGCAACGUCUCCAACCAUCUCUUCGCUAUAGAAUUCGACACGGUUGAUACCACUGGAAAGUAUAUUGACUUCCCGGAUAACCAUGUUGGAGUGGACAUUAACGACAUCCACUCAGUUGUUGCGGUCCCUGCUGCAUAUCACACAGAUGAGCUCAAAAAUGUGACGGUGAACUUGUUGGGUGGAGAGCCAAUUCAGGUGUGGAUCGACUACAAUAGUGCUGCAAAAGUUUUGAAUGUCACCAUAGCUCCAUUUAUGCUUCCAAAGCCACACCAACCUCUCAUAUCUUUGUCGAUCGAUCUUUUGACAAUAUUCAAGGAGUACAUGUAUGUCGGUUUCUCUGCGGCUACUGGAAAGCUCACAAGCAACCAUUAUGUUCUAGGCUGGAGCUUUAGCACAAAUGAAUCAGCACCAAACUUAACUCUAUCAGAAUUGCCUCUUCCUCCGAGGAAAAAGGUAAACUCACCAACUUCAAGAAUUGGUACCGUUAAGUAUGUGCUUGUAUCUUCCCUUAUCACAUUAGUAUUUGUGUUGUUCUUAUUCCUUGUAUCCAAAUACUUGCGAAAUCAAAGGAAACAAUCAGAGAACCUUGAGGAUUGGGAGUUAGAAUACCCCAACAGGUUCCCAUAUAAAGAUCUCUAUAGAGGAACCAAAGGUUUUAAUGAAACCGAGGUCCUUGGUUCGGGAGGUUUCGGUAAAGUCUACAAAGGGACCUUGUGGCGUGCCAAAAAACAAGUGGCCAUAAAAAAGAUAUCAAAUACCUCUAACCAAGGAGUGCGGGAGUUCAUUGCGGAGCUCUCUAGUUUAGGCCAAAUGAGACAUCGGAACAUAGUGCAGCUCCUAGGAUGGUGCAAGCGGAAUGAGGACCUCCUCCUCGUCUACGACUACAUGCCCAACGGAAGCCUCGACACCUUCCUCUUUGAUGACAAUAGGAGCACCAAUUUGAGCUGGAACCAGAGAUUCAAGAUUCUGAAGGAUAUCGCAUUUGGGCUGGUCUACUUGCACGAAGAUUGGGAGCAAGUGGUAGUUCAUAGAGAUGUCAAGUCGAGCAACGUACUACUAGAUGCCGAGCUGAACGGAAGGCUGGGUGAUUUCGGUCUUGCUAGGCUAUACGAGCAUGGAAAGAACCCCCACACCACCCACAUCGUGGGGACUGUGGGCUACAUUUCCCCUGAGUUAUCGCAUACCGGUAAGGCCACGACCGGAUCAGAUGUCUUUGCUUAUGGCAUAUUUCUCUUCGAGGUGGCUUGUGGCCGGAGGCCAAUAGAACACACUGCUCCAUCAACGCAGGUGGUUCUGAUUGAUUGGGUGCGAGAGUGCCACACCAUGAACAAACUACUAACUGUCGUAGAUCCAAGGCUAAAUGAAAACUACGACAAGGAGGAAAUGGAACUCGUACUAAAGUUGGGAUUGUUUUGUUCUCAAUCUAUUCCUGAAGCGAGGCCUACCAUGAGGCAAGUGACAAACUAUCUCAAUGGCAAUGACAUUCUCAGUGAUGAUGUUGUUUUUGUAUUCUCAAAAGAAAACUCACUCCGCUUGAACUCUCAACUUCCAUAUACUUCAUCGUCCAAAGAUGGGAUGUCUUCUACUUCUCUCAGCCAAGGGAGAUGACAAAUCACACAGUCAAUUGCACCCAUUCAGAUGAGCAAGGUAAGAACUGUGCUAGGGAUAUCUGUCCCCCACUUUGACUCUUUGUUAUGGCCUAGGGAAAUAUGGAUUUAGGGUAUGAUAUAUGAAGUACCAACAAUAAUUGUCUUUUAUCCAUCUAUUGUAUCACCUUUUUUAU